AUGGGCCGUGUGCCGCUCACGCCGCCGAUACGCUUUGGGACCGUAGCGUUCCCGCUUCCAUGCACGGACCUUGAAUCAGAUGUGAGCUCUGGUGAGUCGGUGCGUCUCACCUCUUUUUCCGAAUGUCUUUACCGCGGCGCGUACCCCAAAGCGCGAAACUUGCCGUUCCUCUCGACACUGCACCUGCGCACCAUUGUGUCUCUUACGCCAAAGCCCAUCGACUGCGAUGUUGAGAUUGAGGCAUGGGCAAAGCGACAGAAUGGAAGCCUGGGCGUCCGCAUCGUGCACAUACGCACCGAGAAACCCAAAGAAGAUACGGGCGGACUUACACGCGAAGGUGCGGCCCGAGCACUCGCAGAAUUGCUCAACCGACGAAACUUGCCGUUGUACGUGCACUGCCUGGACGGAAUGGAUGUGACUUCGACGCUGAUUGCAUGCUUGCGCAAGAUCCAGGCGUGGUCCGAGCAUGGCCUGCGCAUGGAAUUGGCGCGUGGGCUCAGUGGGUCGAGUAGUCGACUGUCGGGCGCGCCGCUCGAGGUGCCCAAGCACCUGUCUCAGUUUGUGGAGCGGUACGGGCAGCCUGACGGCGUCGUGCUUCCGCUGCGGGAACAUAUCCCAUGCUGGGUAUGGCCGGGAAUGAAUAUGGCACUGUCCGAGCAGCACGCCAUGGACCAAAUGGCUGUACACCAUCCCACGCUCAAGAUUUACUUUACGUGUAGCGAGCAGUAUAUUUCCGCACAGCAGCAGCGUCUUGGGGCCGUAUGGAGCGUGGUGCGUAUAGGGCGCGCAAGCACCCCGAGCUCGCUCUCCUUGAGCGACGUAUCGAGCGGAUGGCACUCGCCGCCGUCGCCUUGCUCGCCGCACACGUCGCAGGAUACGACGGUGACGGAGCCGCGACUGUGGCGGAGCGCCUCUGGCAUGUUGAGACACGCUCCCGACGACGAUUUGCAGACGCCGCGCGCGGGGCCGACGUACAUGGCCAGCGAUAUUCCUUCGCUCGAUGCGAGUGAGUCAGAAAAUAUGGACCGCACACCGCUUGUCGAGGCGCGCGAUCCGCCGCGUAUGGCCAACGACGCCAUUCCUGCGUUGGGGCUAGAGAAUGGGCUAGAUGUUGAGGAAGCACUUGAUCAAGACGACGAUCUUGACGACGACGACGACGACGACGACGACGACCCCAGCCAGGUGCUCGACGCACUCGAUUUAGAGGGAUACUAG